GACCUUCCGCGAAGCAAGCCGCCGCGGCCACUACUACGCCGGGCUGCCAUCCUCUUUAUAUGGCCGGCAAAAGACAAUCAUCGCCUACUCAUCAGGAAGGGGAUCAUCGAUCGCCCUCGUCCCCAUCCAGGCAUCCACUGCCCGAGCCGGAGCUUGCUUGCACGCACCCACCUCGCCAUUGACUCACUUGAGCAGCGCGCGCGCGUGCCCACCAAGCGCUGCUAGAUCGCCCUGUUCCCACUACUCGGCGGCGGCUCUCUUGGCUGUUGCAGCAUCGGCGGCUGAGGAGGGAGAGGGAUCGCGAUGAGCAAGAAAGCGGAGGGCAGCAAGCUGGGGCGGUGGCUGGGGGCGCCGGUGCGGGCGCUGUCGCGGGCGUGCGACUCGUACGCGCGGAGGAUGUCGGCGUGCGCGGGGCGGAUGCCGACGCACGCCGCCGCCUACGGCGGGCGCGGCGGGUUCGCGCCGGGGAGCAUGCAGGCCGCGACGUUCAGCUCCCGCUCGCGCCGCGGCGGGGCCGGCGGCGAGGAGGACGUUAACGAGCUCGUCCGCGCCAUGUCCAAGAGCCGGGCGGCCGGCCGCGGCGGCGAGGGCAGCGUCCCUGCCCGGAGCCGGAGCGUGCAGGUGGGGCGGAUCGACGAGGACGCGCCGUACGAGUUCGGCGCCGACGACGCCGUGCGCGUCGGCGGGCCCCCGGUGCGAAGGGCCCGCAGCGUCGCCGUGGGAACCGCCGGCCUCGCCGCGCGCGGCGGCGCCGUGGGUGGGUACGGCGCCGCCAGGAAGCAGCUGGGAGCGGCGGGCGGCGUCGUGCGCGGCUGAUGAUCCGUCCGCCGCCGCGCGCCGGCGGUGCAUGCACGCGGUCGAUCGGCGCCGCCUGUAACCUCCUACGCGUGCAUAGCUAGCUUGACGUGCUCAGCCGCCCGUCGCAAUCCUGAGUUAGCUCAGCAUCUAAGUUUGUUUGUUUUUUUCCUGCGUGAAUGCGUGAUGUGUGUGCGAGUUUAGCUAGGGAUCAGGGUUUGUCACGGCUUGCCGGUGGCGUCCAUGGCCAUGUGAGCCAUGGACGCCGCCAACACAUGCGUGUGAAGGAUUGCAACGUGUGUGCAAGCAACAAGAGGGCCGGGUCUGGUGUACAUACAAUAUACAAGGUCGUAUACGCACCGUACUAUCCACGCUCUUGAUUCGGGUACCC